AUCACUGUGUGGUUGGCUGGCAGCAACUGACUAGCAUAAGCUCGCAUCCCCUGGUGGAAGCGGUUUUGUGCAGGCUAGUGAGAAAGCCGCAACAUGGGGAACGAUAAGUACAUGCUCUGUACGUUCUUACUAUGAAAUUCGUCUAUUUUUAUUUGAGAAAAUUUAAAAGGAACAACUGGCUUCCAGAUUUUAGGACGAUGGAAAUUUAACGGCGAUGAAAUUCUCUGCUUCGACCGCUAUAGACGUUGACACCAAGAAACAAUUUCCUUAGGUUAUUCACCCGGAAUAAAGCUGUUCUCUGGACAGGCUACACCGGCCUGUGCAGACUCUCUCAGCCAUGGCUCUGGUUACUUUGCAGCGCUCCCCUACCCCAAGCGCUGCAUCCACAGCCAGCACAACCACCACCAACGUGGGGGAGGACUUUGGGAGUGAUGAUGAGCGCCGGCUAAAUCAGAGCCUGAGCGAGAGCUUCUUCAUGGUGAAGGGUGCCGCCCUCUUCCUGCAGCAGGGCAGCAGUCCUCAGGACCAGAAAGCACAUCCCCACCACAAACAUGCAGGAGACUUACCUCAGCACCUGCAGGUGAUGAUCAACAUUCUUCGCUCGGAGGACCGAAUCAAACUGGCGGUGCGAUUGGAGAGUGCCUGGUCAGACAGAGUGCGUUACAUGGUGGUGGUGUACACCAGCGGACGACAGGACACAGAGGAGAACAUCCUGCUGGGCAUAGACUUCAGCGACAAGGACAGUAAAAGCUGCUCCGUUGGCAUGGUGCUGCCCCUGUGGAGUGACACCAAGAUCCAUCUGGAUGGAGACGGGGGUUUCAGUGUGAACACAGUGAGCCGGAAUCAUGUCUUCAAACCUGUGUCUGUACAGGCCAUGUGGUCGGCUCUGCAGAUCCUCCACAAGGUGUGUGAGGUGUCCCGCAGGUACAACUACUUCCCCGGGGGCAUGGCCCUCACCUGGAUGGGUUACUAUGAGAGCUGCAUCGCCUCAGAGCAGAGCUGCAUCAACGAGUGGAACGCCAUGAGAGACCUGGAGACCUUGCGGCCUGACUCUCCCACCAUGUUUGUCGACAAGCCCACAGAAAGGGAGCGGACAGAGUGCCUUAUCAAAGCCAAACUCCGUAGCAUCAUGAUGUUCCAGGACCUGGAGAACGUCACCUCUAAACAGAUCCGGACGGAGCUGGAGCAGCAUAUGAGCUGUAACCUGAUGCAGUACAAGGAGUUCAUCGAUAACGAGAUGCUGCUGAUCCUGGGCCAGAUGGACAAGGCAACACUCAUAUUUGACCACCUCUAUCUGGGAUCUGAAUGGAAUGCCUCCAAUCUGGAAGAGCUUCAGGACACUGGGGUGGGCUAUAUCCUCAACGUCACCAGGGAGAUAGAUAACUUCUUCCCAGGAACAUUCUCCUACCACAACAUACGGGUCUAUGAUGAGGAGACGACAGACCUGCUGGCCCACUGGAACGAGACAUACAACUUCAUAGUUAAAGCAAAGAAGAACCACUCCAAGUGUCUGGUCCACUGUAAGAUGGGUGUAAGCCGCUCGGCCUCCACCGUUAUUGCUUACGCCAUGAAGGAGUAUGGUUGGUCACUGGAGAAGGCCUUCAACUUUGUCAAGCAGAAGAGAAGCAUCACACGGCCCAACACAGGCUUCAUGAGACAGCUGGCUGAGUACGAGGGCAUCCUGGAUGCCAGUAAGCAGCGUCACAACAAGCUGUGGCGUCCUGACCGCCCCGACCCAGACUGUGACCUCCAUGAGGGACUGCAGGCCCAGUGCUGUGAGGUGGAGUACCCAGCGAACCGGACCCCUGAGCCGGGGAUGUCCCCCUGCUAUGAGGAGGCUCUUGAGGAGAAGGGGGCGGCAUGUCCCCUUUCCCCCUGCAGGAUGAUCAGUCUGGAGGUGGACCCCGCCUACAACAACUACUACUUCCGCAGGCUGUCUGACUCGGCCCUGGACAGUGACCCCUCCACGCCGGUGCGCGCUCCGCCCCUCCUGGACAUGGAGAGGGUCUUCAUAGAGAUUGAGGACGUGGAGCGUGACGCCCUGCUGGAUGACGAGGCCUUUGAGGGGCGGGAGGGCCUGCCGCUGCCACACAUUGGGCUGGCUGGGGUGGGGACGGCGGCCCAGACCUCUUGUAGAGGACCAGAGCCCCUGGAAGAGCUGCGCCUGCGUCUGGAGUUCAGCACUGUAGAGGAGGAGGAUGAGGAGGAUGUUCAGAAAGAUGAAGCAGAGAUGGAGGCGUUAGCACAGCCAGGAGGAAGAGUGGGGAGUGCAGGAGGAGGUGAUGGUGAUGGAGAGGUGGAGAUGGUUCAGGAAGAGGAGGGAGAGAAGGAGGGCAAUGGGCUGGACCUGGUAACCCUGAACCAGAACUCCAACAAUAACAACCACUUUAAUACGCUGUCCAGCUUCAAUGACACUGCUCCUUCCAAACCCGCUCACCCAGUCAAGCCUUCAGCCCUCUCGCGAUCAGACAACAAGCCCAGCCAUAACAUUGAUUCACUGACCCAGGAUUCUGAUCUCUGCCUUAACCCCACACACCUCCCCAGUGUGCCCAGUGGCUCUGUGGAGGUCCCAAGUGCCACUCUCCCUCUCCCACUUACCUCCCCCGACACACCCUGUUCCCCCAGCCUGCUGCACCCCUGUGGCCCUCUGUGUGACUGUGCCAACUGUGCUGCUCUGCCCUCUACACCUCUGCCUGAUGCCCAUGACUCCCCCUGCUCUCUGACAUCUGAGGACAUGGCUGGUGAGGCCAAGGGUGAGGAAGGGAAGCUUUUAGGGGUUUCUGAGCCUCUCCCUGUCCAAGAGCUGCUGGGACUGAGCCUGGAGGAGAAGAGGCCGGAGGUGGCCUGCUACGUGGCCCAGCAGCAGGAGACUCUAGUGCAGCUACAGAGGUCAGGGCUGGUCCGCCGAAGGGCAGAGAGGCUGGAGAGGCUGUCAGGUCUGUCCCAGGAGGGGCUUCAUCCCUUGGAGCCUCUAGACAGCCCCCACUCAGGAGCCAGAGAGGGUCCCAGUCCUGUGGAGGUAGAGUUCUCAGCCUUCCCAGAAGACCUCCCCAAGUCCUCCACACCAUGCCCAGUGCCCCUAGAGUUGCUGGUGGUUCCUCUGACUAACGAGGCCCUGCUGGGUGCAGUGGGGUCUGGGGGGCUGACGCCCAACUCUUCCCCCCAUGGCUCCACACUGACACGUAGCUCCAGCAGUGACAGCAUUCGCAGCGUCAGGGGCAAACCCGGCCUGGUGCGCCAGAGGGCUCAGGAGAUCGAGACCCGCAUGAGGCUGGCCGGCCUCACCGUGCCCUCAAGCCUCAAACGCUCCAACUCACUGGCCAAACUGGGCAGUCUCAACUUCUCGGCUGAAGACCUGUGCUCCGUCUGCUCCUCGGAUGCAGGCACCCUCCUGCUCCUCUCUCUUUCCCCAGAGCCAGGCCUAGAAUGGGAGUGCCCCUCCACCUCUUCCUCCGCCCAGCCCAGAGCACACAGGGACAAGACCACCCCAGAGAGAGCACUGUCCGGGGGUCCCAGGAGCUGACAGGAAGGAUGGAGGGACACUCCUCCACCCAUCCCUCCAUCCCCCACUCUGUGCUGGGGAGGGUCACACAGAUUUUGGAGAGGGGAGAGGGACAGUCUUAAAAAACAAAUGUGUAUAUAGAAUUAUACAUGUAUAAAUAAACAUUUGAAUAAUAUAAAUAUAUAUUAAUAUAAAUCCACAUCAUAUUUAAGGAAGAAUUAACAGAAUCCAAAUAUUAUACCAUAGUCCAGAUGGUAUCUUGGUUAAAGCCUGCUCGGUAUCUUGGUUAAAGGCUGCUUGGUAUCUUGGUUGAAGGCUGUUCUUGCAUGCAGCGCAAUGAAUGUGUGUGCAAAGAUGAACCUCAUACAGAAGACCUGGCCUUCAUCAGGACUUGAAGUGGUUUUCAUGUCUGGUCCUCUGCCUUUCUAGCUGUCCAGAGAUCAGAGUUACAGCUUUAUCAUCAUCAUAAUCAUUAUCAUAUUAUCAUCAUCAUAAUCAUUAUCAUCACCAUCAUAUACCCUGCCUUUCACAAGCAGAUACAUUUUGUUUUUUUAUCACAGACUUUACCAUCACAAUUUGUUGUUUACUUUGCCAUUGGUUAAUGUUAAUUGUGGUGUAUUUUGAUGAAGUGCUGCCUUAGCCAGAGUUGAUCAUCAGAUGAUAUUGAUUUUGCUCUAUCAUUGGGUAUAGUGCUCCCGAAGUUUCACCAUGUGCUGAAAACAAAGGGGAGAAGUGGGUGUAGUUGUCUGUGUUGUAUUUGUCACUGCUGUCUUGGGUUCUGUAAGCAGUAUGAGACGCACAUUGACUGUAAACUUGUCAUAACACAAACAGCACCAUUAAUUCGGUGUGCAUCAUGUAUUUUGGAGAGAUGUCGUGAUAGGUCAAAUGUAUGUGACAUCAUCAUAUCGGGUAUGCAAAAACGUUUUCUUCCUCUUGUCACCUCAGUGUUAAUGACAAUCCUUUACAGGUUAGAGGCUGUUACCAACGAUGUGAUAUUAGAAAUGUAUUUAAAAAAUCAUACAAGCAUAGAGUCUCGUUCCUCUGCUUCUGAGCCUGCAUUGUAUUUUGGUAUUUGCAUAAAAAAGUUGAUUCAUUUUGGAUGAGCCAAAUAUAUAUCAGAAAUCAUUUUCAAACUAUUCAGAUCCCAAAACAUAGAAUACAAAAACAAAAAGACCAUAGCCCCCUCCUGCAAGUACUGCAGUGUGAUUCCACUUCUGUAAGAAAAGUACUUCCUUCAUCAUAGUCCCCUCCAUUUCUGACGCUUUCAUGGUAUAAUGUCCUCCAAGCUUCCAACAUGUCCCUGUGUCAAAACAUCCAGAUAUCAUUCCAAGAAUCUUCUGGGACCAUUCAACCUCUGUGACACCACGGUGAUGUGGUGUUUUUCAUUUUGUUCAAGUAGUUCUACAGAUCCCGCUCUUGUCAGGUGAGAAGUUCACAUGCUUUGUCAUAGAGAUCCUACAUCUCUACGGGCUGUAUGUUGUAUCUAUAUAGGAUCUCUACGGGCUGUAUGUUGUAUCUAUAUAGGAUCUCUAUGAGCAAUAUGUUGUUUCUAUAUAGGAUAUCUACGGGCUGUAUGUUGUAUCUAUAUAGGAUAUCUACGGGCUGUAUGUUGUAUCUAUAUAGGAUAUCUACGGGCUGUAUGUUGUAUCUCUAUUGGAUCUCUACGGGCUGUAUGUUGUAUCUAUAUAGGAUAUCUACGGGCUGUAUGUUGUAUCUAUAUAGGAUAUCUACGGGCUGUAUGUUGUAUCUCUAUUGGAUCUCUACAGGCUGUAUGUUGUAUCUAUAUAGGAUAUCUACGGGCUGUAUGUUGUAUCUAUAUAGGAUAUCUACGGGCUGUAUGUUGUAUCUAUAUAGGAUAUCUACGGGCUGUAUGUUGUAUCUAUAUAGGAUAUCUACGGGCUGUAUGUUGUAUCUAUAUAGGAUAUCUACGGGCUGUAUGUUGUAUCUAUAUAGGAUCUCUACGGGCUGUAUGUUGUAUCUAUAUAGGAUAUCUACGGGCUGUAUGUUGUUUCUAUAUAGGAUAUCUACGGGCCAUAUGUUGUAUCUAUAUAGGAUAUCUACGGGCUGUAUGUUGUAUCUAUAUAGGAUAUCUACGGGCCAUAUGUUGUAUCUAUAUAGGAUAUCUACGGGCUGUAUGUUGUAUCUAUAUAGGAUAUCUACGGGCUGUAUGUUGUAUCUAUAUAGGAUAUCUACAGGCUGUAUGUUGUGUCUAUUUAGGAUCUCUAUGGGCAGUAUGUUGUUUCUAUAUAGGAUCUCUAUGGGCUGUAUGUUGUAUGCAGGGUAGUCCGUAGUUGUCUGGUUUAUAGUCUUAAUAGGGUUGUCUCCUGAGCCCCCCAUACUGUACCUGGGCUCUCACCUGAGAUUCAACAACAGUAGAGUACAUUGAGAAUGAUAUGAUGACACAGCCGAAGGGGCUGGAGAAAAGCCAUUCCCUUUACAACAUCUUGCAGCUCCUUUCUACCCUCCCUUCCCAACAUGGAUUAGCCUGUGUCUAGGCCUGGAUUUACCCGGGGAGUUGUACAGGUCCUUUCUGAGACUGGCUACACUGAACGCUAAUCUUAUUAGGGGUUCAAGUAUCGAAGCUGAGAGAAACCCUGUUGUAUUUGUUGCCGUUCAUUGUAAUACCGGUUCUUUCCGCAAGGAUAAUGAACAUGCAAAUUCCUGUGUGAUGGUAAGGCUGAGGAGGGUACAACUUGGCAUGAUGGGAAAAGCCCAUAGUCCACACCGUCUCAUGCAAUGCCACGCCAAGGCCUCAUGGUGGAGCUAUAUCAAGCGCUUAAAAUGACACAUUUUGAAAGGUCAUGACCCUUAUCGCAUGUGACCUAGAGUACUGAAAUUCAGUACACAGAUUUCUCUCCUCACAUGGACCAAAUUUUCCUCAAGAUCCCAUAAGGUCCAUUAUGAUGGAUUUUCUGCCAUUUAGAAUUUUUUGAAAAACACUUAAAUUAAAUCUCCUCCGGAACCACUGGGCCGAUCAGGUUGAAACUUGAUUUAUCGCAUCUAUUGACCAAGGUCUCUCAACGCAAUAUUUUCCUGGCUAGCACCUGAAAGAAUACGGACCAAUAAACAUUCAAGUGGGUGUGACCUGGCACAUAAAUGUAUAAAAAUCUGACACGGUUAUUCGUAUUGUAACAACUUGCUAUACAUGUUCAAAACCCUGUCUGGACUUAACGUAUGCAAGCACAUUUAGAUCGACCACAUAGUGGCUAUAAUGGGCACAUAUUUAUAUCUCUUGAUCUGUUUGACUUUGUCGUGAAAUUAGGCACACAUGCUCAGGGAGGCGAGUCAAGCUAACCUGUAGAGUAUGGUUCUAUUUGGCCGCACGGGGGCGCUGUUGGGCAUGAUAAAUAAUACAUGCGAGCUCAUUGGCUUAGCGGCCAUAUUGUUUGAGCUCAAGUCUUAUUUGGAGACGUGUCUAUAGAUGCUAAAUACCAAAUUUGGUGCUGAUCGGUCCAGCAGUUCUGGAGAAGGUGUUUAAAGUAGUCAACAUUUGAAAAGGUCCAAAAUACAUCAAAAGCAUGUUGCAUGAUCUGUUGGAUUUUGAGUUCUGAUAUUUGGAAAGCGUGGGAAGGAAUACAGAAGUGGCUCGCCCUAGUGUGACUUGUUUAAUCUGCUCUGGGGCCAUAGCUUGAACCCCGGCAUGGCUGCUUGCAGCUAUAUGUUAAACUGCUCUCGGUCAGGUUUGUAAUUUGAGCAGGGAACUCACAGGAUUCCCCACCUCCGUAACUUAUUUUUGAUCCACGAUCCUUUAUUGCAUCUGAGAACUGAGUUGUGCUGCAUAAUUGAAUUUGUGAGCAGUUGCAUUGGGAGUUGUACAAAGUCUUCUUCCGGUUCCAGAGAAUGUUUUUCUCUGAUCUUUUCUCUGAGGGUCACACCAUUCCUUAUGCAUGAAGUCACAAGAGCCAUGUGUCAUUUCACUUCCAUCAUUCUUCUUUCUCUCCCUCUUUCUGUAUCACUACAGCUGUACUGAAAGUGUCCCGCUGACUAUUUCACAUUCCAUGUCACCCAAUUCAUUCCACUCAGCUUGUCUUCAUCCAUAAGUGAAAAGAAUAGAGGUUCUUUAUGCAACAUCUUGCUACUUUGCCAUAUGUUUUUUUACAAAAAUGUUGCAGUCAAAUAUUUUGUUUUGAAAUUAUUUUUUAAGUUCAGUAUUUGUGUUUGUGCAUGAGAGUGGUUACAUGGUUACUGUGAACUAUUUAUGAGAAGUGAAAAUAAACUUUAAAACACAUGAAUAGGUUCAUAUUGCACAUGCAUUUCUCCCACACGUAUGAGAGCACAUGAAGAAUGUACUGUAUGUUAAUAUGUAUGUACAGUAGUUGAUGAUGUUGCAGAAGAUACUGCUGUAUAGUACUGUAUGUAUGUGUCUGGUAACAUGGAGAGCACAGACUUAGUUCUUCCCAAUGACUCCAGUUCCUGUGCGGACACACACACUGUUACUGCAAGCAGUGUCCUUCCAGUUUUAAUCAGUUGUACUGUGUGUGUCUGUUUGUGUAUGUAUGUACAUAUGCUAUUUUAUUGAAACGCUGUGUCAGAGAUGCCUGUUUAUUUUUUUUAUGGUUCUAUUGGGCACAACCCAUACAGCCACUUACCGCUGAAAUCUUGAAUUGAAAGUGUCCAAUUAGCUGGCACAUUGCCUCUGUCUACCCAGGGUUCUCCCCAAAGAAUGUAAUAGAGGCGCUGUGCCACCUUGUGGACUAGCUGCGCCACUAUGUAAUAUUUAGUUUUUAAGUCAAUUAAAAAUAAACACAGUACUUUAUUUGUUAUCAUAUACGAUUUUUUGGGGGGUCUAGAUUGCAGUAAAUGGCAGUUACAGGUGUUAAAAAAUGCCAAAAUUCCUGGGGCGAACCCUGCUACCAUGAUAACAUUUAUGAUGCAUUAUCAAGGAAAAGAUACUGUGUAAAUGUGUGUGUUUGGUGUGGCACACAGAAACACUGAUGUGCACAUAUACAGUACCUCUGUACUGUAGAGAUGGCUCUGCAAUGUGUCUCCCCAGUUUACACCCUUGCUGCUUUCAUUACAAGAUGAGGGUUUAGUUACCGUUUUUCCUUCUCCGCUGUACAGUAGAUCUCAGAAGGCAGAACGAUGGAUUUGCUUCCCAGGUGCAAGGCCAACAUCUCUGGACAGCAGGGCUGUCCUAUGGUGUGUGUGAAUGUGUGUGCAAUAAUGUAAUAUGCACACUGUUUAAAAUGUGAGUGAUAAUCUGGUCCCUUUUAAAAAUGUAUGCCAACCUCUGUUGUGGGGUGUGUUCAGUUUGGCGUCUGAUGCUGCACACAGUGCAGAUGGCGGUCCUUAGUGGUAUAUGGGUGUGUGAGCCAUUAGUCCACAUCCAUUUAGGUUUGAUUUAUGGACACACAAGUGCCUUAGCCGGGAGACCAGAGGUAUAGAGCUGUGUGUGUAUGUGUGUGUGUGUGUGUGUGUGUGGUGCUGCCAGUAUUGCAGAGGGUUCAGAUGGAAGGGUAGGGUAGAUGCAUGAUGGGACACUCUGUGGCAAGACUUCCCUUUCGCUUUAGUAGAACAAUGGCCCUGCAUUUAGUCUCAGUUCUUUCAUUGUUGUUAUUUCUAGUAAUAGACUUAGAUGUGAAACAGGAAUCUGAAACCUGGUGUUCCUUUUUUUUAACCUUCUGGUACAUUCUUUGAUUUGAAGAGGAAAAAAACUGAAUCUCCUCUUCUCUUCCUUAUCGCGUUCACAUGUCCAUCAGGGUUGCCGAGACGGGAUCUUGACUCCAAACUUGUUUGUGCCCUUUAAAUGUGGAAGAAAAUCAAAGUUCUAUCCAUGGGUGUUGUCACUAAAUAGAGACACCAUUGAAGCUGUUAAAAGAUACAAAAUGAGAAUCAGAAUGUCUUAUUUAUGUGUGUCUGUGAUCUCUGUUACAUCUUAUGUAUUGCACUUUUGGGAGAAACAGAAGUGAUACAGUGGAAUCAUCCGCAUUGUGUCAUACCGAUAGAUGAGUGUUCCUAUCACUAAUGGUUUAUGAAGCUUCUCAUAGGCUUAAAGUCAAACCAAUUUGGCAAAGAUCACAGUGAUAGGUUGCUCCACAGAUUUUUGUUAAAGUUUUAUCUUUUUUUAUAUUGAAGUAUGCAGUCAUUUUUUUGUACUGUAAUUUUGCUGUAGUUUGAAUGCAUAUUGCACUUUUUUUUAAACAUUUGUUAAAAUAAUGUACUGUAUCUGUUUGUGAAAUUAAAUGUUUUUUCAUGCUA